UCAAGUGUCAGUGUCACUGACUUGACCGCCGUCAGCACAGGCCGUCAGCCGUCAAAUGUUCGCAAAGGAAGAUUUGAAUUUUAUCCAUUUUAACCGACGUAAAUAAAAGCUGAUGUCUACAAUAGAAGAAAACGUUUUAAAAGCACCAUGGGUUGGCCCAACUUGCUACAAAAACAGUCUAUCAGUUGUCGUGCUCUCUCCGAACACUGUUGUUAUUCAAAAUAUUUCUGAAGCCCUUUUGGAUGUUCACGCAAUGGGUGACUUUAGGUGGAAACUAGUUGUGUUGCGUUCAUUAUCUUUGGAAGAUAUUGUAAAACAGUCCAAUUUUACAGGUAAACUUUCUAUAGAUUUCGUUAUAAUCGCAGUGGAUACGAGUAGAAUGUUUUGCAUAGAUUGGGCGAGUAGGAUGCUAGAGCAAGUCCACCCUGACCUGAGGAUACGACGCGUGGUGCUCGUGAAUGCAACUAAUUCUCCAGUACAUGCAAUGACAGUGAAUUCAAGUGAACUAAUGACAUUCUGUUCCGAGAACAGACUUGAGAUGUUGACUGCAGAUGUAUCUAAGCAGGAAGAUGCCAAUUUUCUGGCACAAAGAUUGCUCAAAUAUAUUGAAGUAUCAGUUGGUGUAAAUACUGGAAUACCCAAUAUAAAUAUUUGAUUUGUUGAAGAAUGUUUCAUUUGAUAUAUGGAAUGUUUGGUGAAUAACUACUGAAUAUGGACAAUUAUUUUCACAAUGUUCCUACUACUUUCCUAUAGUGUGGUUAACUUAUGUAGAGCCAGAGAACAUACUUAUUUCUCAUAAUAUUAUGUUCUCUGACUCUCAUUUGGUUACAAAGACGUUUUCUUACACGGCCCAAAGUUAGUGACCAUGUCUCUGGUCCAUGCAACUGUCUGCGACAUGCAGUUUGAAAGCUUUGGUCUUCAAGUAUUGAGGAAUUUUAGACAAGAAAACUUCCUUAACACUGCUCAGCUGAGUUGAUUUGGUGGCUAACAUCUUUCUCCAAAUAAAAACUAACUAGCUGGUUCAACAAUAAUUUCUAUAAAUUGUCUGGUGUGAUUGUGGCGAAUAUAUUUUCACCUGUUGUCACAAGUAGCUUGGCUUCACUCAGGCAGAGAUAAUUUAUUACAAGCAGUUGAUAUGUACCUAUAUAAUAUACAUUAUACAUAUCAUUUAUACUUGUAAUUAUAGCUUACUAAUGGUGAAAGAAUUACUAAAAUUGAUUCAGUAGUUUUAGAGUUUAUUGAUUAAGCAACAAACAAGUUUUUCCUCUCUAUAAAAUUAGUAUAUAAACUUUUGUUAUGUAUGGUUAGUCCUUAGAUGUAUUAUGAGAUAAAAAAUAAACUGUGGACGUUUCCGAAUCAUUUAUUAUACUCAAUUGUACUACAAAAUAAUAGGAAGUUUUCUACAGUUACAAUAAUUAUAUUAUAUUACAUAAAUAAUAAAACUGUUACAACAGUUCUAGCACAGAUGUUCAAUCCUUACAUUAAAUCACCCACAAAAAGCAACAUUUGCCAUAUUUCAAAAGGUAAACAAAAAAAAUUAAGUCAAGUUAUAUUUUAGAUAUAAAAUUACCUUAUUUUCUAAAUGAAAUACUGUUCAUUCAUUAUAAUUUGUGUAAAACUAUAACUGUAUCAUAAGCAUAAAUCUAAGAAAUAUGUAAUAAUAAUAAUAAUCAACAUUUUAAAUGUCUUGUUAUCAU